AUGGAGAUGCUAAUUAAGUUUGAAUCUAAAUCUUCUAGGGCCAAAGGGGUCGCGUUUCAUCCGACUCUGCCUUGGGUCCUUACUUCGUUACACAAUGGUAGAAUCCAAUUGUGGGAUUAUCGAAUGGGAACUCUCAUAGAUCGAUUUGAUGGACAUGAUGGUCCUGUACGUGGAAUUGCAUUCCAUCCUACUCAACCAUUAUUCGUUUCUGGUGGUGAUGAUUACAAAGUUAAUGUAUGGAAUUUUAAAGCGAAGAAGUUAUUAUUUUCUCUUUGUGGACACAUGGAUUAUGUCCGUGUUUGUGCUUUUCACCAUGAAUACCCUUGGAUUCUUUCUUGUUCGGAUGAUCAAACGAUCCGUAUUUGGAACUGGCAAUCAAGAAACUGUAUAGCGAUUUUGACUGGCCAUUCCCAUUAUGUUAUGUGUGCUGCUUUUCAUCCAACUGAAGAUUUAAUUGUGAGUGCAAGUUUGGAUCAAACUGUGCGUGUUUGGGACAUCAGUGGACUUCGCAUGAAGAACGCCGCCCCCGUCAGUAUGACAAUCGAAGAGCAACUUGCUCAAGCCCAAAAUGCCAUAACGAACGAUUUGUUUGGUAGUACCGACGCUGUUGUAAAGUUUGUUCUAGAAGGUCAUGACCGUGGAGCGAACUGGUGUGCUUUUCAUCCUACGCUUCCACUCAUUCUUUCUUCCGGUGAUGAUCGAUUGAUUAAACUUUGGAGAAUGACUGCUUCUAAGGCUUGGGAAGUUGACACUUGCCGUGGACAUUUUAACAAUGUUUCAUGUUGUCUCUUUCAUCCCCACCAAGAGUUAAUUUUAUCCGCUAGUGAAGACAAGACAAUUCGUGUUUGGGAUCUCAAUAGAAGAACCGCAGUUCAAACAUUCCGUCGUGAUAAUGACCGUUUUUGGUUUGUUACCGUUCAUCCAAAACUUAAUUUAUUUGCCGCUGCUCACGACAGUGGUGUCAUGGUUUUCAAAUUAGAACGUGAACGCCCUGCUCAUGCUCUUAACAUCAACACUCUCCUUUAUGUCAACAAAGACAAGUCGAUCGUUUCUCAUGAUUUAAUUAGAGGUCAAAGCAAUGCUUUAGCUUCGGUGAAGCAUCAAGGAAGUCCAUGGACGCAUCCUCGUUCCUUAUCUUACAAUCCUGCCGAGAAGGUUGCUCUCGUAACUUCCUCUGUAGAUAAUGGAAUUUAUGAGCUUGUCAACUUGUCUUCUCGUUCCUCUAGUUCCAAGGACGGCAUUAAAGGUUCCGGUGAUACGGCUCUUUUUGUUGCACGUAAUCGAUUUGCUGUCUUCAAUCGUAGCAAGCAAGUCAUUGACAUUAAAGACCUAACCAAUAAAGUGACGAAGACAAUUGAAUUGCCAGACAAGGUAAACGAUGUUUUUUAUGCUGGAAUGGGACAUAUCCUCAUCUCUACUUUAACCCAAGUCCACAUGUUUGAUUUGCAACAAAAGAAGGUUAUUGCUUCUGUGAAUGCCAGCAAAGUGAAGUACGUUGUUUGGUCUAAUGAUUCUUCUCAUGCAGCAUUAAUUGGUAAGCACUUUGUUUACAUCGUUAAAAAAUCCAUGGAGCUAAUCACCUCAAUCCACGAAACUAUUCGAAUCAAGAGUGCAGUCUGGAUUGAAAAUAAUGUUUUGCUGUAUUCAACUCUUGACCACUUGAAAUACCUUUUGAUGUCGGGCGAUUCUGGUAUUGUAAAGACACUGGAAUCUACUAUUUACCUUGUUCGUGCUAAAGGAGAUUUGGUGUUUGCCUUAAAUCGCGCUGCAGAACCUAUAACGAUUAAGAUUGAUCCUACGGAUUAUCUUUUCAAGGUGGCUUUGAUCAAGAAAGACUAUGAGCAGGUUUUACAUUUAAUUCAGAACAGUGAUUUAGUUGGUCAAGCCAUUAUUGCUUAUUUGCAGAAGAAAGGCUAUCCCGAGAUUGCUUUGCAAUUUGUGGAAGAUUUAUCGACCCGUUUCGAAUUAGCUUUGCAAUGUAACAAUUUAGAAACUGCUUUGGACAUUGCUCGUACAAUUGAUAGACCUGAGGUUUGGUCUCACUUAUCUUCAGAGUCUCUUCAUUCUGGAAACCACAAAAUUGCUGAAAUUACAUAUCAAAAGCUUCGCUAUUUUGAAAAACUUUCCUUUUUAUAUUUGAUUACGGGAAACACUGAGAAACUUAGCAAAAUGGCUAUGAUUGCUCAGAAGCGUAAUGAUGCCUUAAGUCUCUUUCAAAACUCUUUAUACAUGAACGAUAUAGAAGCUCGGAUUAACAUGUUUGUUGAUGCCAAUAUGUGUCCACUUGCAUAUUUAACCGCAAAGUCUAAUGGUCUAGAAGAAAAAGCUCAUGAAGUGUUGGCCGUUAGCGGUAUUAAUGAAGAUCAAAUUAAGUUACCCAGCAUUGGUCCUUCUUUUACUUUGCCUUCUCCUGUUCGUCCUACUUAUACUGAAAAUUGGCCUCUGAAGGAUACUUCCGAUUCCUCAUUUGAAAAACUAUUGAGAGACCGGAUAGAGCAAAUGGCUUUGGAAAGCCCUGAAGAGGAAAUAGCUUCUGUCAAUGAAUACCAAGAAGCCGAACAAGAUCUUUUAGAUGUUGAAGAAGACGGCAGCGAAUUAACUGCUGAGAGUCCUGAGGAAGAUGAUGGCUGGGAAGUUGAAGAUUUGGCUACUGAAGAAGUCGUUCCAAAUGCAGAGAAUGAAGUUGGUGUUAUUGACGGUGCUAACGAAAUUCAUUUGUGGUUGAAGAAUUCACCUUUAGCUGCUGACCAUAUCGCUGCAGGCGAUUUUGAAAGUGCCAUGAAACUUUUGGGUAGACAAGUUGGAGCUGUAAACUUUGCUCCUCUUAAAAGCCGCUUUUUAGAAAUUUAUGCGGCUUCAAGAGCUUAUGUGCCUGCUGUUGAUGGUCUUGAUCCUCUAACAGUUUAUGUUCGACGUAAUGGAGAGUCUGCCGAACGUAACCAAGCCCUUCCUUUUAUACCUCGUAAUUUGGAAUCUAUCAAGAAUAAUGAACUUAACGAAGCUUAUCGAUUGGUAAAAGCAAACAAGAUCUCAGAGGCUAAAGACGCUUGCUUAAACAUCAUUUAUUUGUUAAUUACUUCCGUGGCUAAUACUCAAAAAGAAGCUGAAGAGAUAUCCGACUUAUUGGAUGAAUCUCGAGAAUAUAUUGUUGGUUUGUCAUGCGAGUUGGAACGACGCAAGUUGCCUGAGGGUGAUGUGACACGCGCACUUGAAUUGUCGUACUACUUUGCAUCUACCAAGUUGCAACCUGUUCAUUCGAUUAUCGCUCAUCGUUUAGCAAUCAAUGCUUCUCAUAAGCAGAAGAACUUCAAAUCGGCCUCUUUCUUAGGUCAAAGAUUACUUGACUUGGCAGAAUCUGGACCUGCGGCUGAAGCUGCGAGCCGUGCUAUUACUUUAGGAGAUAGAAAUCCCCAUGAUGCAUUUGAAAUUGACUACGAUCCACACGUGGAAUUCAGCAUUUGCGCCAAAACAUUGACUCCCAUCUACUCAGGACAGGAUUAUGAAUCUUGUCCUGUUUGUGCUGCUAAAUAUCAUAAGACAUCUGCAAAUGGAGUUUGCUUGGUGUGUGAUCUUGGAGCUAUUGGCCAACGUGGUACUGGACGACGCUUUUUGGUAUAA